UUUCAAUAUGGCGAGUUGUGCGCUGUCGGCUUGUCAGAUUUAUUCGAUAAAACCUUAAAUAUCAAUAUAAAAAAGACUUUCUUGCGAAGAACACAGCAGAAAUAAGAGCAACAUUGGCCUAUCUUCCCGUUGUGAGUAGAGAAGUGAGACUGAGAGAGAGAGACUGGGUAAGAUGUCGUACUCCUUGGAUAGACGAGGCAGCGAGCCAAUCAUCGAACAAUCAGUGACACUCCAAGUUCCGAACUAUGGACAUGAUAUGCUUGGUCGUCUUAACAUGUUGCGGACCCAUUCAGGUUUCACAGAUGCCAUUCUUUGCGUGGGGCAUGAGGAAUUCCCAUGUCACCGGAAUGUGCUGGCGGUGAGCAGCCCGUACUUCCAGGCCAUGUUCUCUUGUGAUUUGAAAGAGAAAAAUGCGAUUAAGAUCUGCAUCAACGAUAUCUCACCCUGGACGAUGAAGCGUAUUAUUGACUAUGCCUACUGUGGGAAAUUAGAGAUAACAGUUGAAAACGCACAAGCAAUGUUAGCAGCAGCUAGUCUGUUUGAGUAUCCGAAAAUUGUUGAUGCUUGUUGUGAUUUCUUAAGGAAACAUCUACACUGCUCUAACUGUUUGGGAAUCGAACAUUUUGCCCACCUACAUUCCUGUGAGGUUCUCCGAAAAGAUGCUCGCCAGUUUGCACUAGAUAAUUUCAGUUCUGUUGUUGAGCAAGAAGAGUUCUUGGACCUUCCAUUUGACAGACUUGAAACCUAUCUUACCAGUGACUUCAUUGACGUUAGGUCUGAGAGCAUUGUCUAUGAAUCAAUUGUGAAAUGGGUGGAAAAUGAUAUUGAUCAUCGACGGGAGGACUUUCCGGAUCUACUGGAGAAAGUACGUCUAACAACUGUAAAUGUGAAGUAUCUCGAUGAUGUAAUAUCACAUGAUCCUUUGGUACGCAGUAGUGAGAAAUGCAAACAGCUCAUCGAGGAUGCAAAAAAAUUCCAUGAGACAGUCACAGACCGAGUUGGACAGCGUCGCCGUAGCAUGCAGUGUUUACCACGACCUUCCACUGUGGCUAAGAAGGUCAUGGUGCUGAUAGGGGGGUUAAAUACCUACAUGCUGCAGUCAGUUGAAAUGUACGAACCAUCAAAAGACAAAUGGAGCUUCCUACCCGAUAUUCCACAAAGUAUCUCAUGGUUUAGCGCGACGGCACUGAGGAAUAAUAUCCACGUGACGGGCGGCAUUGUAGAUGGUCAUAUUAUGUCAACCCACUGGGUGUUUGAUUCUUCUAAUAGGACUUGGAAUGAGGGUACACCAAUGUUAAACCCUCGUGCGCGACACUCCUCUGCUUGCCUAAAGGACAAACUCUACAUCAUUGGAGGUAUAAACCUCGUUGAGAAGAUCAUAUCCGUGGAGAGCAUUGAGUGCUAUGACCUGAAGACCAAUCAGUGGACAUUCGCCGGACAAUGUCCGUUUCCACGCAAACAGUCCCACGUUGUACCUUUCAACAGCACACUCAUCGAGCUGGGUGGCCUACAGGGUGACGUCAAGGUUAAAACCAUUGAGAGUUACCUAUGCACGGACACUUCCAUACGCUACUCAGGUGAAAAGUUUGUUCUGCCCGAUCCGAUACAGUACUCACAAAUUGUUGUGCUUGACAGCAUAUUCUACAUAAUCUGGGAAGAUUCGAAGAUGGUGAUCUCAUUGAAUCCGGAAAAACGAACCUUCCGACGCCUUCCGGAUAUGCAGUACCAGCACAUUCAUAGUGGUGCCGUCGUUUUGAACGACAAGAUCUACAUUUCUGGCGGAUUAAUCGAUUCCAAGCCGACACGAAUUGUAGAGGUGUAUGACCCUGAGUUGGAUCAGUGGAGCAUUGGGAAGUCUAUCAGGAAUGCAAGAGCCUGUCAUGGUGCUGUAACCAUUUGUAUGUAAACCAAGCCAAUUGUGAUCCCUUUUUACCCAAGUGAAAUUGUCAGUGCGAAUGUCAGUGGGUGUUGUGUUCUAACCGUACCUCUUUAUAAGGGAACUUUAAGGAGGAGCUUGUGGGUCAAAUUGGUCGUCUUCGGGCUGUUAACCUUCUCUUGGUCAUGUUUCAUUCAGUAUACAUGUAAAGUGUAUCCCUCGCACAACCCUAUGGACGAUUUUGUGUAACUUUAAAAUCUGACCUACCCUGCUCCUACUUAUAGACUGACUCCCUUUAAAACAGGUUCAACAGCCAAGCUCAAUGGCAGGGGUUGAAACAGGCUUUUGAAGUGGAUUGGCAGUUCAGCGUAUUGAUAUUGACGAUGAUUGAUGGCAAUCUAAAAAUGUUUUAGAAAAAAGGUAACGCUGAAACCAUCUGUGUUAUGCUUUCAUACCGAUGUAGCCAAAAAUGGAUUGUGGUUUGCUGUCUACAGCUAGAUGCUUCAUCUCAUUUCAACCCUUGCCUUUGGACUGAAGUUGGGAAAUCAUUCAAGUUGUGUGGUUGUUGUAUUAUUUUCACAGGAUAUGUUGUAUCAAGUUCAAAUGGGCUGUCUUGUUUUGUUGCAUGUACAUGUGUGUGUGCAGUAAGUUGUCUUGUCAUGUGUUAAAAUGCAUGUGAUGUAUCAUUAUGAACCGUGCAUACUCCAGUUUCAUACAUAUAGGACAGCCUUAUUUUAUUCAGGACAUGACUGCCUUCAGGCAUGGGGCAUUAAGUAAUGACCAUCAAACAACUUACAUUGUAGCAGUCGACACAAAUGGUGGAAGAGCUCUCUGAUUGAAAAUACAGGCACAGUCUUAGUUCAGUGAAACUAGAGUUUGCACACUCAGUUUGUUACCACAUUGAAGAGGCUGGACCAGACUCAGUCAAUCUCCAUGGGCAGGGAAUAGAUAAACAGGAGGCGUAAACAAACAAAUCAUCCUUUACUUCUACUGGUUGCAUCCAAUGACUUCUCUCUCUGUCACACAUUCCUGUAGCGUUGAAUGAAAAACGGGGCCUUUCAUAGAUUGACAUGUCUGUCUUCCUUUUUGUGUUGUAUUUUCGAUUGAAAAUCCAUUCAUACCAGCUGCAGCACCAAUACCAUCUCGAUUAUCAGUACAAUAGUGCAAGAAAAGAACAUUGCGUGGACAUGAGAUGAACCCAACUUUUUUGUGGUGUCCAGGAUGAGCUGCAAGAUAAUUUCUUCCUUUUAAAAAAUGCUUCGUUCAGGUCCGGUCUGCAUAAUAAAUAUACAUGUAGAUCUCGCCAUCUUUUUAUAUUUCAUGUAUUGUUUUCCAAGACCUGCUUGAAUGUACAAUGUAACUUCUGAAACCAAUCUGUAUUGUUGUAAACGAGGAACUCUGUAAAUUUGAGUCGAGACAAGACUGACCGCUGAGACAAUCACUUCAUCACCAGUGGUGCUGGUAUGAGGAAGUUGUUUUUUUAAUCGUUUAUUUGUCAUGGUUCUGUGGCCACAAGCUUUUGCUUCUAGUUAUUGUAUAAACAUGUUGGCAUGGGUUUUGUAUUUUACAGCUAUGAUCUUUACAUGACAUAAAGUCACACUCAACCUCCAGCAUGUCAUUUAGAUACUGUAAACCCUCUGUACUCAUCUCAUAGCAAAAAUUUGUAAAGAACAUAUUUGUUCCUACAUGGGUGGUAUAAUAUAUUGUACUUAUUUUUUGCAUAAUAUCUUUUAAAAUGUCCAGUGCACAGAUCUUUAGUUAGGCUUUAAUUUAAAUGACAACGUCUUGACCAUAUGAGUAAAACAUUAAAAUGAAAUGUUUGACAUCUGGAGAUCUAUGGUCAACAAGUUCAUACGCAGCCAUUUUUUUUUCUUUUAUGCCUUUGUAUCAAACUGCUCUGGGCAUGUCGCUUGAAAUAGCAUGCUACAAUGCUUGCAUGAUUGAUUCGCUAAAGUCCACAGUGUGGGUAUUGAUAUUGUGGCCACGGGACUCCUGCUUUGAUUUUGUUUGUCCGCUAGAAUUCAACUUGUACCUAAAAAUGUGCUCUGCGUGUACCCGAGUAGUUUUAUUCAUGUAAAAAAUCUGCUUAUUAUCAGCGUUCUCAACUCAAUUUUCUUUUGGUCGGGUGGUAAGCUUAUAUUUCUAUGAGGUUGAAAAAUUCCUGAAUUUAGUGGUCUGGUGGUAAAAAAUAUCUUUGGGCUGGUGGUCUUUUACAUUUUUUUUAGAAAAACCAUUUCAUUUUCAUCGAUUAUACUGGUCUAGUUGGUACUGUUUAACAUGUUCUGGUGGUAACUGUAAAAUUUGAUUCCCACUGCCCAAAAACUGGGCAGCGACCACUGGAUUGUGAUAGUUUUAAAAAAAUCUGAAGGAGGACUCCAAAAAGCGCAUGCUAAAUAUAGUAACUAAAAGAUUAGAUAUCCAAUGGUACAAAUGUGAUUUUCCUUUAUUUUCCCUGAACCUAAAAUAGUGAGUUAGCAUUUGUUUUCCUUUACCACUGUAUAAAUCUGCUUAUAUCAUGCUAAAGGCCCAAUUGUGAAAUACACCAUCAAGUAAAAAACGUGUUCCAAUAUUCAGAUUAUUAUUUUUCAUGGUUUUUGCGCAGUUGUGGGCAUUUUGCAAUGUUCCAUGUUAUUUUUACUACCGCCUGGUACCAGUAAGAGUAAACAACAAACGGUUGUUUGUCACAACAUUUCCAACAACACACACUUGCAAUGUGUGUGGUGUGAUAAACUGUACAAUCAAGACAAUAGCCUCGAAAAAAUUCACGUUCAAACUUUUCUACCAAAUCCAAGAUUUCUUUUUACACCCACAACGAUUCUUGUGUGUACUCAGGUGUACCUUGGAAUGCUGAUAUGUGUACCUAAGACAUAAAAUACAAUAAUGAAAAAGCCUAAAGCUGUAUCAAAAGAAGAACCUUCCAUCAAGACAUCUUGCAUUGUACAAUGUAUCGUGCAUGUAACAUCAAAGGCUUUUUUCACAAAUAAAAUCCAAGCUGAAUUAACAAUUGAUCCCAUCAUUCAUGCUCCACGAAGCUAGGCUUUUAUCUCCAUUGUCCUGUUUGUAAUAUCUAGGCCUAUUUAUGUCCAGGGGAAAAUGGUUUAUGAUGAGAUAAACCCCUGGAGGUGUAAAUAUUCUACAUUUAGACCUGUUCUGCAGUCUUCUAUAAAGGUGAUCACACAAAACCUCUUUGUGGGAUGGGAUUAGAAGCAAAUUUAUGUCCUUGUUUACGCUGUGGUAAGAAUGUGACCAAAUGCAUAGAUUAAUGAUUUUUAAAAAGAAUGCUUCAGGCCUGUCCAAACAGUGAUACUUUUGAUAACAUGUUUUCAAUGCAUUGAAUAUUGUUGUACUGGUAAUGUGGUAAGUCUCCUUGGGACAUGUACGUGUAGCUUACAUGUACCAUUUCUAUAUAAGAUGUGGAGUAUAUUUCAAAACCAGCAUGCGAGACUUGAAAGAAUAGGCAUGGUGUUUUCCGAGUGAAUCGCAAAAUAGAGAGGUUAAGAUUUUGAUCCAAGAACAAGAUGGCAUUUUGCUGAUGAACAUCGCAUCGCUCGUUCUCGGAUCAAAAUCUUCUCGAAUAUGUUAUAUCCGACUUCCCAACUUUGUCAGUGUUAAUUACUUGGUAUACUGACAUCUAUUAUUGGAAUAUUCUGCGGGAACCCAAUUCAUAAUUACCCAAAGUGGUUUUACCGGUACAUGAUUGACAGGAGUUGGUGUUAUUUUUCUGCUUCAUAUUCUCACUCGGCUUUAGAAUGACCACAGCAAUUUGUGACUGCUGUCUAGCCGAUAAACAUGAUAUAUUUCUUGCCUCAUUUCAUGCAUGGCUGCCCAGAUUGGAUGGUAUAGGUCAUAGACUAAGCUAUUAGGCCAGUGAUUUGAAGUAUGAUCGAUCAUUGUGUGUUUCGUUGAUCUGUUUGGCUACUAUCAGAAUGUACUUGGUAAACUGAAACCACAUCUGUGUAACUGCACAUGAUGUGGCUGAAACCACAUCUGUGUAACUGCAUAUGAUGUGGCUGAAACUACAUCUGUGUAACUGCACAUGAUGUGGCAGUUUUAAGAAACUAAGGCCAGAUAGAAAAGGGGUGAUAAUUAGAUGAUCUUGUUUUUUGACUGACGUCAUCAGACUUCAUCGCUUUACCAGAAGUUUAGAGGUUUUGUGAUAAUUGUGUUGUAGCCAUUAAGACUAGAGGGGUCAUACAAAAUAUACAUUGACAGUUGCAUUUUUGACCAACCCUUUUAAUAUUCUGUCUGUCUUAAUUUUAGUGUGAGUAUGUGUGUACUGCUCUAUUUGAAUAGUGUGUUUAUGUUUUGAUACUAGCGAUUCUGUGAUUUGAUUUGAUUUAUUUAUAAUACAUGUAGUUGGUCAUGUUGGUCACAUAGGGAACUUAUUUUUCUGCACUUGUUGAUGUACUUUUACAGCGUGGACUUUUAAAAAGUUGUAAUAUUUUGUAGUACAGGCGCUUUAAGUGAGUUUUUGAGCUAUUGUAAAUGAUUUUGAGGUUUUUUAGCCUGCACCAUGAAAUCUGCACCCUCUGGAGGUUUUUUCAGAGAAAUGAAAAACCAUUUUUCAGAGAAAUGACUUACCCCAAGAGGUAUUUUAGCUUGUAAAGAAAUUUUAUUUCCCUGAAAGACCUAUUGGCAGUGCAUAUUUGUGUUGGCUAAAAAACCUGAAUGCUUUUCAAAGGCUCAAAAACCCUUCUUGCAAGAGUGUGGGCCCCUGGGUGUGGGCUCUCCAUUUAAUGUGAAGCCAACCUUGGAUAAAUCUAUCCUCUCACUUUUUCCUUUGUCCAUAAUGUUCUUAUAUCAAUAACAGAAGCAUCUUUAUCUUUGUGCUUUUCUUCCCAUAUCUAUUCCUCUUGACCACAGCAGCGCGAUCCCUGGCUGUUGAUAUGAAGCCCUGGAUUUAUCCUGUCACCUCGCUAGUGACCAUUGUCGUGCACAUCAGCCAAUCGAAGCGAAGUGAUAAUUGCAAAUAGAGGUAGCCAUGGAGAGGCCAGUCAAGGCGUAAACUACUUGGCUGCGAUCACAUUUAACCCCUUACGUGGUUUUCGACCUUGGUCGUUUAAAGGCAGUAUGACAACCACAUCCUGACUCUCAUGUGUUUGCGUCACCACUAUCGAGCUCCACGAAGUGAGUGAUUUAGCGAUCUCAAAACAUUGCGGGUCAAGAUGUGGUAACCAUGGUGAGAACUAAAACUUUAGUAAUUUCUUUCUUGGUUGGGAUUGACUUUACAAUGUUAUAGGCAAUGGCAUUUGGCAUCAUUGUGGACAAGGGGGUAUCUUGACAAACAGGCAAUUUAAAGAUAGCAUGCCUUUGGGACCGUUGCCACCAGUAAAUUGGGAUUUGAGUUUCGUCAAUAUAACCACAAAAGUUGGAUUCCUUUGGUAUCUGAAACACCUCUGAGAUGAUCAUUGUGUGGGGGGGGGGGGGGGCCUAUGCAUGGGAGCGGAGGGGGUUCCAAUGAUAAUGGCAUAGUUUUAGUUCAAAAUUUAGCCUUAUGUUCUGUUUGCAAAUGUGUUUCCUCUCAAGAUGUUCUUAGCCGUGUUUAAAGGUUGUGUUUUCAAGAUUGGGUUGUUGUCAUUGUUAUAGAAAAAGAGAGUGUUUUAUAGUAAAGUAUGAUUUUGGAAGCCCAGUUGCACCAAUUCUUAAAGUGGUAUCAGUCAUGUUUUAGAUCAAAAAUAUGCAUUGGGGUGUGCUCAUUGUUUUGCUGUUGUGGAUUUAUCAUGUAAAAUUGGCUUGUCAUUUUGGCAAAAAUGAAGCUAGCAGUCCAGUUCAAACUAGAGAAAAAGUGUUUUUCGCUUAUUUGUGGCUUUUGAAGAUGGUAGUAAAAGACAGCCCAAGGGGUUCUAAAGAUCUUACCAUACAGGGUGAGUCAAUAAAAAGCUAAUCCGAAAUUAGAGGGUUGAUUUGUCCACUGGAUAAUUAUUUUGGCUAUAAUAAUGUAAAGGAUUUUUUUCUUAUUUCCCAAUUAGGCUGGAUCAUUGAGCUUUGGAUCAGAUUGAUUGUAUCACAAUAUUGGCACAGCCACGGACCAAGUUACAGUCUGAACUGUACCAUACCAUCAGAUGACUGUAGUUUUCCACACUUGUUGUGCGAUGGAUAUUGUUUGUAAAUAGUGCAAUUCUAAUAUUGUAUUCUUGUCAUGUUGAAGAGAUGAAUAUUUUCUGUUUUGUAGGUGUUUAUAGUUUGAUGAA